AUGUGUCUCUUCUCUUCCGACGCCAACUCUCCUCCUCUCCCUUAUAAUUCCUUCUGGAAAGGCAAACCCCUUCGUACCACGCACCAGAAAGACUCUAUCCAACAUGUCUGUUGCCGUGUAGACCGUCCACAUCACCCCAAGCAGCCUCUCCCACGGAACUGCUGUUCCCAUGCUCAUUCACAGGCCACACCAACCCCCAAGGAUAUUACGGAGUCCACGGACAGCCGGAACUGCACGAAUUGCAAGAACAUCAAGAUCCGAAGAGGCUCUUUCUUGCGCUGCUCCAAAGACAAGGAGGAACAGUCCUGUCCCCACUGCAAACAUCCCUCCAAGCCCUGUCACCAAUCGCAACAUGUAUCAACCCCCUGUGCGGGUGCCCGCGGUGACCUUCGUCAUCUACAUCCUAGACAGUCUGUUCCUACGGGAGUACAUCGCUGCAGACACGACUCCAAACAGCAUCAGGCACGGGAUGGUAUGAGGUACUGUGAGGCGGGUGGCCCGCAGAAAGGGCCAUGUUUGAAAUGUCUUCAGCCAGAGGAAAAGGUGGUUUCUUCUGGGGCUGUCGAGACCAAGCAUCGGUCUUCCAGACAGCACUACGUGUGUCGGAAGUACUGA